AGAGAGAGAGCGCGCUCGGUAGAGAGAGGGAGGGAGGGAGGCAGAGUGAGGAGGGAAGAGGGGACAGAGAGCAGCGAUCAGUCUCCGCUGCACUCACUGUCGGUCGCUCCGGUGGAAGCUCCGCGCGCGGCUCUCAGCGCCUCUUUCUCCAGUCAGUCAAACCCUGAAUGACUAUGACUGGUGGAUCCAUCUCCCAGUCCACAGUGAUCCAGCUGGGAAGAUAGAACAUAUUUGCGACCUACAGAUCCUGCACUUCCACCGGGGAAAAUGAGGACUACCUUACUGGGCGUCAUAUGGCUGUGUCUCGGCCUGUACCUGGAUGUGUUGUCUUUGAGUGGACAGAGGAUAGAGACAGUGGAUGGAGAGGGAAGUCAGGCGGCAGUCAGAGGAGAAAAGCUGCUCAAGCGAGUAAGACGGGGCUGGAUGUGGAACCAGUUUUUCCUAACAGAGGAGUACACAGGAAGUGACUAUCAGUACAUUGGCAAGCUCCAGUCAGACCAGGACCAUGGCAAUGGCUUAGUGAAGUAUGUUCUGUCUGGCGAGGGGGCUGGCUCCAUCUUUGUCAUCGACGAGAAUAACGGCGACCUGCACGCCACCCGCCGCUUGGAUCGUGAGGAAAAGGCUUUUUAUAUCCUCAAAGCCACGGUGGUCAACAAACGGACAGGUCAAAAGCUGGAACCAGAGACAGAGUUCAUCGUCAAACUCCACGACAUCAACGAUAAUGAGCCUCAGUUCAGCAAAGAGGUUUACACUGGGAGCGUACCUGAGAGGUCUGACAUCGGUACAUCAGUCAUCCAGGUGACAGCUACAGAUGCUGACGACAGUAUGUAUGGGAGCAGUGCCAAACUGGUGUACAGCAUCAGCCAGGGACACCCAUACUUCUCUGUGGACCCGAACACAGGUGUGAUCCGGACGGCCUUGGGUCCUGGUGACAUGGACCGCGAGCAGAGGGAGCACUACCAGGUGGUGAUCGAGGCCAAAGACAUGGGCGGACAGAGAGGAGGGCUCACUGGGACCACGGUGGUGAACAUCACUCUCACCGAUGUCAAUGAUAAUCCUCCCCGCUUCACUCAGAGUAUUUACCAGUUCAGAGUUCCUGAGUCGUCCAAGUCUGGCACUCCAGUCGGGAGAAUUCAAGCCACUGACAGAGACAUUGGGAAGAACUCUGAGAUGUACUUCACCAUCGUCAGUGGAGAUGGUAUGGACAUGUUUGAGAUCUCCACAGACAAAGACACCCAGGAGGGAGUCAUCACCGUGAGCAAGCCUUUGGAUUAUGAGAAGAAGCCGUCGUACACGGUAGAGAUCCAGGUCCAGAACACCCAGGUGGACCCUCGCUUCAUGUCCGCUGGCUCCAAAGACAUGGCCACAAUCCGGAUCGGUGUGGAGGAUGUAGAUGAGCCACCGCUGUUCGACAAGGCCAGCUAUCUGAUGGAGGUGAAGGAAGACGCUGAGGUGGGCGUGGCUGUGGGCUCUGUCAGCGCCAUGGACCCGGAUGGUGUCCGCAGCAUGGUCAAGUACUCGAUCGACCGCCGCACCGACAUGGACCGCCUGUUCAACGUCCAUCCGGGGAACGGCUCCGUGUUUCUGCUCAAAGGCCUGGACAGAGAGGAGACGGCCUGGCAUAACAUUUCAGUCAUUGCCACCGAGUUCAAUAAUCCCCGUCAGAGCAGCCACGUCCCCGUCUAUAUCCGCCUGCUGGACAUCAACGACAACGCUCCCACCUUCGCCACCAUCUAUGAAACCUUUGUCUGUGAGAGAACCAAGGCUGGUCAGCGUAUCCAGACGGUCAGCGCCGUUGAUGCCGACGAGCCGUCGUCAGGACACAAGUUCUAUUUCAGCCUGGCCUCUGAGGGGACGCACCGCAGCAACUUCACCGUCCGAGACAACGGAGAUAACACUGCCGGCAUCCUGACACGUCGAGCCAGCUAUAGCCGCCUGCACCAGAGCGUCUACCUGGUUCCCGUGGUGAUCACCGACGGCGACUACCCCAUGCAGAGCAGCACCGGGACCCUCACCGUGAGGGUGUGCACCUGCGACCGCGACGGCAACAUCGAGCUGUGCAACGCCGUGGCUCUGAGCAGCUCUCCCGGCAUCAGCACUGGAGCGCUCAUUGCCAUCCUCCUGUGUGCCAUCAUACUGCUGAUGAUCGUGGUUCUCUUCACGGCACUGAAACGCCAAAGGAAGCAGGAACCUCUCAUCAUCUCUAAGGAGGAUGUCCGGGACAACGUGGUGAGCUACAAUGAUGAAGGCGGCGGUGAGGAGGACACCCAAGCUUUUGACAUCGGAGCACUGCGACACCCGGACGCUGCCGCAGCCUUGGAGGAAUCUGCCAAGCAGAGGCGUGACAUCAUCCCCACCGACACCCUGCUGUACCCACCACACCGCCGCCCCGCCCCCGCCGCCUCUGGCCUCAUCAUGCCGCCGGUCAGCUUGGGAUCGCGGGAUAACGGGGACGUACGCGAAUUCAUCAACCAGCGAGUUCUGGAGAACGACUGUAACCCGACAGCACCGCCGUACGACUCGCUGGCCACCUACGCCUAUGAGGGCGCCGGCUCGGUGGCCGAGUCUCUGAGCUCGUUGGGCUCGGCUUCGUCUGAGGCUGAGCAGGACUACCACUACCUGAGUGACUGGGGGCCCAGGUUCAGGAAACUAGCUGACCUGUAUGGGGCCGAGGACAGUGACUUCUCCUAACAAAGAAACCACACACACACACACAAACACACACACACACACACACACACACACACACACACAGAUGCAGGGCCAGGCACAGCUACAUCUCACUACAAACUCACUCUAAGAGAUUGUAAACGUUGCUGAGAAGCUUUAAAACACGUGAGAACUUAAACAUAGACAAACACACACCCCACAACAAGAACCAACAGAUGUGCUGGCAGAUGUUAAUUCCAUUUAAUGGGAUAUUCAAGAACGGCACCUGACCUUUGACCGGCCCUCACUGCACAUGGAUCCCUACAUGGAGCUUAACAAGUCUUUUUCAGAAGCGGACAAAAGUCCUACAUGUGUGUUUUGGGAGUGGUAAUGUCACUCAACCAGCACAACGGUGGAGCCAAAGAUCUUCAGUUUCACCAGUGUGAACCUCUUCAAAGACUCAUUUCAGUCCUGAAGUUAAAAAUCAAAGUUGAAUGGUGUUUUGUAUUAAGAAUUGGACUUUCAGGUUUUGCUUUAAUCUCUCCUGGGUCACCAAAUAACCAGUGUGCGGAGUGUGUGCCGUUCCAGGCGGACUGAAUGGAGUGUUUGGAACCAGGUCAAUCAACAAAAACCCAAACAAAAAAAAAAAAAGUGUAGUUAUUUCAGUUUUUUCUUUUUUGACUAAGUGCCCUUCUGCUGCCCUUCCAGCUGAACUGAGGACGCCUGCAGGCUGGUUGAGACUGGAGGGGGCUAACCACUCUCACAUGAUUGCUUUUUGUCCUUUUUGCUGUCUUGUACAAAAAUGAGCAUUCCAGAGGAGCAGUUCUGAAGGGUCCUCGCUGGAAAGUCGCCUUCUUCGGGACACAGAGUAAAAACAUAAGUCGUUUGACUAAAUGCACUGAUUUCUUUAUGUUUACGCGGGUUUUUGGAUUUUUUUUUUUUUUUUGUGCUGCACACAAAACGAAAAUAUGUGCUUCUAGAUCAUUUCUAGAUUUUUUAGCUUCUUGAUUAAGUGUAUAUUGUGUCAGAACUGUGGUUGACUUGAAUUAUACUGGAAGUAAACUAAGUUCUAUAAAUCUUUAAUUUCACUGGAACAAAAUACAACUUCAGAUAUCACACACAGACAGCUGGUGAACAAUGUCGCAGUAUUUUCAUUGGGAAUAUGCUUUACAUUUACAUGAAGGACUUUCACAGUAGGGCUGUCACUUUUUAUAACUGUCAUAACUCAUCAAGCCAUUUAUAAGAGAGACUGUAGUUAUGGUCAGAUAUUAAAGCUGCACUAAUCAUUACUUUUAUUAUAACAAUGGAUCAAAUGACUACAAGUUAUAUGAAAGGCGUGACGUGAAGAACGACCCUGCAGAGAAUUAUCAUUGAGUGUUUUAGUGUCUUUCAGCUCAUGGUUUUGAUUUUCAGACCACGACCGUCUUGUUCUGGUUCAGCUAUUGAAUCUCAUCAGCCUCAUUUCCAGCAGCAGCUGUUGUUAGUGAACAAGCUCAAACAAACUCAAUGGACACGACCUGACCAGCAUCGACCUGAACAGCAGACUGACAAAAUCAGGGAUUAGCUGGUUGUGAUGCACAGGUCAGGGUUUUUUAACAGCACCACCCACCCUGCAGCCACCUGGACCUGACCCCACCCACAAACCACCAACUUUUAGCUGUAUCUGUUACCCUGUUCACACCUCUUCACACCUGCAUUAACAUCUGUCUCUGCAUUGAGGACGCAUUUGAGAUCGGAUCACUCAGACCACAUUCAGAGGUGGUGUGGACCACAUGUGUCCACAUUCUUUUAGCUGUGUGAACAUGAAUGUGUCCUCGGCCACAUUGAAGGACCAACUGCUCUACUGACGUCCUCUGUCUCAGUCUGAUUAAUCCAACACAGUUAUAAUGAACCAAAAAUAUUCUACUAUUUAAAUGGAUAAAACCAGAUUUCAUUGUAGGUAGAGCUGUGAGCAGAGCAAUGACUCACUCAUCCCUCUGUGCCUCUCUCUCUCUCUCUCUCUCUCUCUCUUGCUCUCUCACACACACACACACCCAAAAACACAUUAACAACAGACCUGUCUGUCUGAUUGGCUGAAGGGAACAACACAUACCUGUUUAUUUGCAUAGAAAGCAGGAAGUGAGAUCUGAUCACAAGUGGUCACUGGAGACACAUUUUAAAUCCAGGUGUGAACUGACGUACACUGGUGAUCGGAUCACUGAAGACACAUGUUAAUGCUCUCUCUCUCUCUCUCCCUCUCUCUCUUUCUCUCUCUCACACACACACACCACACACACACACGUACAUAUACAAAUCUUAAUGGUGAACCUGAACAAUGAACACUGUAUAAACUACAGUCUGGAUGCAGAGAGAUGUGUGCAGGUUGGUUUAUACUGUAGUUCAGUGACACCACGUCAUAGGAGGACCUGCACCUUCUGAUCUGUGUGUGUGUUUGUUUGAGAGAGAGUUUGUGAUGGAAUGGAGGAGAAGGUGGACUAAUGUUUUUGUUUCCACCUGCUGGAAGUUGUGUUGUUUCAUAACCACACCUGCCCUGCAGGUUCUGGGUCGACUCGUGCAUCACUGCUAGCUGGUGAACAUAUCACAGUAUUCAUCAGAUGGACUCGAACAUAACUCUAAAUGUUAGUUUUGCUCCCUAUCGGCUCAACAUAAGCAACUGUUUGCUAACAUAUUAGCCACAACAACAAAGACUAACUGAUAAUGUGUCAGUGUUUUGUUAAAGCAGAAGCUUAGCUUAGCUUAGCUUAGCUUAGCAUAAUGACUGAAAAGGGGGAAAUGGAAAACAGAAAUAAAUCCACCUCUAAAGCUUCCAACUGACAACUCUGACACUUUCAAUACGAAAAGCAAAGUGUAAAAACUCUAUCGUGGCUGGAUGCACUAACUUCCUUGAGUCUCUGCUUGUUGACCUGACAACAGGUAAAAUUAAAAGUAACUAGCAAGGCGUGCUAAUCAGCAAAUCAUGACACCAAACCAACUGAGAAGUAUUGUGCUGAAGCAUUUUGGAUUCAACUGCACAGAUGGAGAAACACAAGAUAAACAUGAGGCUGUCGAUGCAACAGAACAGUAACAUUACCAUGACGACAAACCCGGAGUCACCUUGUUAGUUACCUGUCAAUCAAGAGACAUGAACCCUGUCGGUUGACCAGCAUAACACUAAGAUCAGGAUAUGUGGGUUACCUUCAAAUGCAGCAGACAAAUGAAUACAUGACCUUUCCUUAUUGGAUCAAAGUAGAUUUCUUGAAAAAGUGACAGACCUACUUCAUAGCCAGCAUUUCAGCUUGAAUGUCUUUCAGUGACUGCUAACAUCAUUGUUAGUUUACUCGAAAAGGAACGAGGAGGAAAAAGAAACUACUGUCCUUAUGUACCGGAGUAUUUGCGUAUUUUCUUCAGCCCACCCUGUGUCUCAUUCAGAGACGUGAGGUUUGAUAAAUGUUGUAAUUCAGCAGCACUGGGAGGCAGUGUAUUUACCAUCUGCUUUGAUGUCACACUCAGUACUGAAGCAAAAAGUCAAAAUCACAACAGUCAACCUCAGUGCCAUGUUAAAAAAAAACACACAUUAGUUUGAGGAAUUAAUCUCUGAAGUCAGGGUUCAUAUAUGUGAUUCAGACUUUUGUUAUCCUGACUCGAUAGCAGGCAUUUGUAUUGUAUUUCCAAUAAGAGCAGCAGUUUGUUCCAGUUGUGUUUCGUGACCGUGGUCUGCUCCGAAGGCUUCAAACAAACAAUGUCCACAUAUUUUUCUUUAUAUUGUAAUUCAUUCUUUUUUGUACCAAAUAUUUAUAGGACACAAUGAUGACAUCGCCGGAGGAAAAAGAAAUCAAGAUAACCUCCAGCUUUCACUGUUUUUUAAAUGUAAUUUUGGAGGUGUGAAACUUGCUGUAGGCAGUCUGUAUAUACUGAUGUAUUAUCAAGUUGUUUAAUUUUGUCAAAAUAAACUUUUACAGAAAUGUUG